UCUUCGGGUCCUGUAUAGUUGUUGCAAAACAGGUUACGAAUGUAUUAUGAAAACACGUGGAGUAUAUCGCCACAUCUAUUGGAUAAGUGUUUAAUUGACAGCAUCUGUUUUUUUUACAAGCUCAAGUUUGGCAACAUUGUGAACAAGACGAGGAUAUCGUAGAGAUACAGGGGGAGCCAACACCAGAAGACUAGAAGCAGGGGACACAUAGACACAAAACAGCUGCUUCAACAGGUUUGCUAAAGUUCAGCCCCACUCAAAACAAGUGGAUACCAAUUGGAAAACAAAGACCGCCUUUACUUCUUUUAAAUCCAAGGGAAGUGUUGAGACCCAUCUACAAACUAUGACUUCUAACAUGUCUGAUGUUCAUGAAUACUAUGAUUAUGCAGACUUGUACAGCAACGAGCCUGCACGGGCAACUGUACCUCCAGAAGAAAUUAUCUUGCCAUGUUUCCCCACUGCAUCUGACAAGCUCUAUCAUACCUGUAUCGCUGCACUGUCUCUUGUUGUUCUCUUGAUCCUUGCUGCCUUUACAAAACGUAAGAAGCUGUGUCCAGGUUUUUUAAAAGGGGUUCCAGGGUUACUCGGCCCAGUGAACUUCCUCGAUCACACCCAGCACAAGGGCCUGGCCGGGGCUGUCUUUGGGGGACUCUUCUGCAGACUGGUUGUGGUGGUCCUGGCUAAGAACCCCCUGCCUUUCACAGAAGACCCUGCCCCCGAGAACAAAGAGUACUGGAAGAUCCUGGCCCUCUUCUACUACCCUGCUCUCUACUACCCCCUGCUGGCCUGCGGUACUCUCCACAGUCGUGUGGGUUACGUCCUGGGGAGCUUGCUGUCCUGGACUCACUUCGGUGUCCUGGUCUGGCAGAAAGUGGACUGUCCUCAGACGCCAGAGAUCUAUAAAUUUUACUCUCUGCUGUCCAGUCUUCCACAGAUCGUCUGCCUGGCCUUCCUCAGUUUCCAGUACCCUCUGCUGCUGUUUAAGAAUUCAGGGACGGCUGGGCAAACUAACACGAGCGAGGACCUGCACAGCAGCUAUUACAAGGAGUAUGUGAAGAAAAUCCUCAGGAAAAAAGUCACCAAAAGCAGUUCCAGCACUUUUAAGCCCACGAUACCUUCAAGAAUCUCUGCUGCCCUGCAAUCUUAUAUCUACACUCCAGAGGACGGUUUCAGAUUUCCUUUGAAGCUGGUUAUCUCUGCCGUGGUAUCGAUCAUUUCAGUGUAUCAGGUGAUGCUGUUGCUGGUGUUGCUGGUGAUUCCCACCCUGCAGAAAGUGCGCGGGGGAGUGAAUGAGGACAUUGCCUUCCUGCUGGCUGGCUUUAACAUCAUCCUGUCAGAGAACCGGGCCGAGGUGGUUGAGAUUGUCAAAUAUUACCUCUGGACGGUAGAAGUGUGCUACAUCUCCACUGUCACUCUGUCUGGUCUUGUAACCUUGGUGAUGCUCAUGAGGUCCAUGGUUUUGCACAGAUCUAACCUGAAAGGUCUGUACCGAGGGGACAUUUACAGUGUCUACAAUCGCCAGAGAAGCAUCCGACCGUCCCGGCCUGCCAUCGUCUGCUGGAUGGGUUUCACCAGCUACCAGGCUGCACUCGUCUGUAUAGCCCUGUUGAUUCAGACGCUCGUUUUCUUUAUCUGUAUCCUGUGGUUCGUGUUCCUGAUCCUGAUUCCCAUACUGUACGGCAAGAACCUCAUCCUCUUCCGAAUCCUCAAGGUCAUGUGGCCCUUCUGGCUGAUGCUGUGUUUAGUUGUGAUUGUUCAGCAUGUGAUGGCCAAGUUUGCCUUCCUUAAAAAGGAUGCCGGGACGAGAGACUUGGACAACAGACAGGGGCUGUUUCUGCUCACCUACCUGCUGUUCCCUGUCAAUGUUCUGGUGGGGGUUCUCCUGGGGGUGUGGAGGAUUGUAAUCACUGGCCUCUUCAACAUCAUUCACCUGGGCCGGCUGGACAUCAGCCUGCUAAACCGGGGUGUGGAGUCCUUCGACCCAGGCUACCGCUGUUACGUGCAUUACUUGAAGAUUGAGGUGAGCCAGUCCCACCCUGUGAUGAAAGCUUUCUGCAGCGUGCUGCUCCAGCCUCCAGCCUCCGAGGGCACCGCGGGACAGAAAAUGAGCGUCGUGGAGGAAGGGAUUCAGCUGGUGCAGCAAGACAAGAAGCAGAAGAUGAUCUCCAAUUCCAGGAGGGCUCGAGGGAGGUGGUGGCUCGUCUUUACCCUGGUGAACAACCCCUCGCUGGUGACGUCACGAAAGCACUUCCAGACGCAGAGCUCCGAGGCCUUUCUGAACGGGACACUGAACAGAACCACAAAGGAAAGCGGCUCCGAACCCGAGAAAACAGACACAAAAUCAAAUGACGUGUGAAACACUGAGAAGAAAAGAAUAUUGAAAUAGCUGCACUUACGAAAAAUAAAUACAUACAUUCGAAGUACACUGCAAAUGUAUUUGAUUUAUAUAUAAUUUAAGGUCAAUUUUUGGUCCUCCAAAGUUAUUUUGUUUCGAGGGCAAGAUAAUAUUACUCUGUCGACCUGCUUAUUUAAAAACAAACAAAAAAAUAAAUUACAUUACUUUAAAGUACAGAUUUUAUCAAAUGGCCCCAAAACAGCGAGUAGUAUAUUGAAAUGACUUUAGUGUUGCAGUAUAAGUAUGUCAGUUGGUGUUGGGGGCACCAUACUGUGGACACAACUUUGACCACAAGCACAGCUUUAAGGUCCCCUGAAAUAUGGGAUACAGGAUUUUAUUCACUAAACCAACUCAAGCUUUAUUUAAGAACUGUUUUUAUUUAAAGAGUGUUUGUGAACGUUCUCUAAGGUAAGAGUGUUUUUACGCAACAAGCUGUAAACACUGUGUAUGGACACUGAAGAAGGGCUUCAAGAUAACAAUACCUUUAUUGAAAAAUAUCCCAUCCACAUUUCUUAAGGAGUAAGUCGAUUCAAAUGUUAUUUUCUUCUGCGUUUCCCUUACUACGCCAGUGUAUUUGCAGUCAGUCUGAGCGUUCUGGUUUAUGUCUAUCAAAGUUAUUUUUCUUUAAAUCUGCCUUAAUGGCUUUGAGCUGCUUAGAGUUUAUCUGAAGAAUCUCAAAUACCUGUUCUGAACAGAUUCUUCAUUCCAUUCCAAUAAUGAGCACUGUGACCGGUUUUUUUCCAAUCACUAACUCCGUUACAGAGGGGGUGAAAUUACAGUUGCAUUCCCCUAGUGGUAAUUUCUAAAAACCACCUCACUUCAGAAAUUCAGCUUUAAGAAGUGGUGGAAAAUGGCAUUAGUUAGUAAUUAUGAUCUAAUCAGAAACAACAUUAUAGAAUAUAGAGAACACACAUAACUAAGAAAUAUUCAUUAUAAAUUGCAUAUAAGAAAAUGUAGAUGGCAUAUAUGUAUCCUAGACAUGUUGCUUUUCAGUAUGGGAUGCCUUUUUCAAUGUUGUCCUGUUAGUCUGUUGCCAGGGGUGUUCUUUAGCCAUUUGAGAUAUUCAAGGAUGAUUGUAAAGAAAAUUGCCUACACUUGAAUACCUAUAAGGGCCCACAGUUAUUAACACACUUUGCUAUUGACACCACGGGUCUAUUUUGAUGAUCUAAACCGUGGUGAAUCUAAAUGCAGCCGCUCUUCACCUCUGUAUUAACCCAGCUUGUGUUUUCCUCUAGGGGUGAUGUAUUGAUCACCAUUAUUGUCAUCACUACACACAACAACAAUAUAGUGGGAAGGGUCAAAUGUCAUUUUAGGGUGGUGUUAUUAAAAUCCUUGCUGUUUAGAUUAUUAAAAUAUUUCCACCCCCCAUGAUUUCACUUAAUCAAUGAUAUAAUUGUCUGAAUUAUACUGUAGAAUGUACUGUACCUGGGUCCUGUGAAUGAAAUAAUUAACUUUAAAUAGUACAGAAAAUAAGCCAUACACCCAUUAACCUUUAUUACAAUUUAAAAUUUCCUUUCGAUUUAUCGCAACAUCUAGACAACUUGUCAUAGUACUGUAUGUACAAGAUGUUUGCACAAGCCUGUGGGAUAUCAUUUGCCACUCUUCUCAACCAAUACGUUUCAAGGGCUGAAUAUAUGAAAAUGUCUGCAUUUCACCACCCUCUUUCACGCGAUCCAGCAGUGAUUGACUGAACUGGAGAUGGAUAAGCUGUGCUAUCAACACAAACAUUGAUGCCCCACCCCAUUGUUCAAUCAUAUUGAAUCAUUAAUUGCAUGCGACUCAGUGAAGUAAUUUACUAAUGUAUAGAGUCAGUCCUUUUUUGAACAGCAUUGCAGAUGGUCUGUACUGGUGUCUGUGGUGUAAACAUCAUUGGUAUCUGCAUGUGUUAAUUCAGCUUUGAUUGUGGGCAUUAUCCAUCUCCUAAUAUCGUGUUGGAGUAGGUGUUACUGCAAAUGAUACUAACGAUUUUCACAAGGGUAGUUCAUAAGCAAACAGGGACCCUAGGCCACAAUAAUGGCACAAUCUUAAGAACAAGAAUACAUUACUUCCAUGUUUGGUUGUCAGAGAACAUUUAAAAUAAAAGCUGGACUCAUAAACUGGCAGUGUAAUUAUGCUGUCUGCUUUGAAUUUGCAUUUUUAGAAAAUUGUUAUUCAGUUCAGUGAAUCGGACAGACUCUGAUGGCAUUGUUAGAAAUGUAAGCCAUGCUAUUUAGUCUUGAAUCAUACCAGCUAGGUUCUCUGAUUUAAUAGGUUAUUGUUCAACGUUUCUAAUACAAGCCAAGAGUCUAAUGUCAAGUGUAAAACAACAACAGGAAAUGCUACAAUGUCAAGGGUAAACACCAACGUAGCACUGAAAUAAGACUAAAAUUGCAAUGAGUUAUUUUAACAUGUAUGUAGUAUGUGGUGUUAACAAAUAAACCACAUGAUGUUAUAAAUAUUGAGGCAGGCUAUAUACUGUACCUGUUAUUGUAUCUGUAUUGCUGACAGCGCACUCGAUUUCACCACUUCCAUAGUAACACGUAGACUCAAUCUCUUGAAACAUAGCAACGCCCUAACUGGACAUGAUGGUAGCCCAGCGAUCAAGAGAUUUUGAAAAAUAGGUCUGCGUUCUGAGGAACCUGGAACGAUUAGGGUUUGUCAGUAAACCUUGCUGGUGUUGAAUAAUAAAUGUAUUAAUACAUUGUGUACCGCUGUGACAUGCUGCAUCUGGGGCCCUGUGGACCUGCUGGAUUGCAAAUAAUGGUGUAUUGGUGCAACCCAUAUUCCUCAUUCUUCUCAGAGCAGUGGACGGGUCUAAACGUGAUCCAUGUUGUUUAUCAAAAGAGGAAGGGCCUAAACUGGUUCCCAGACAAGUUAGCAGCAAGUCGUGUGUACGAUGUCUCUUACUGUGUCAUGUCGUGCAAUUUGGGCAAGAGAACCGCUAAAGCGAAGCAGCAAAUCUUUGAUUGGUUUGAUUUUGUAUACGUUAUAAUGUAAAGCCAAAUUAAAAAUUGUCAACACAG